CAACAUAUUGUUAACAUUUGUUAACACAUUGAUUUGUUCGAAGACAUUUUGAUUACUGUAUUGUGUUUGGAAAAUGAAAAAAAAAAUCCUUUAGGUUUGCAACGUGGAUGCAGUAACCCUCCUUGCCAGCAGGUGUCAGUAUCGAGUUCACAGAAGAGUGAAAGCCGCAGACAGACUCCGGAAGCGCGGAUUUUCCUGCAGCGGAGAGAUGGAAGCCUCGGAGUUUGAGGAUGUUUUGGAUGAAUGGUUUAUAGAAUCCUUGACAGCGUACAAAGAUCUCCAUGUUUAUCAGCUGGAGCAUCCCACCCAGGUCAUCGAGUGGACAUCUGGGAAAACCGUUUGCGUGGCGGGAUACGGUUCCUCCAAAAACCAGCUCUUGGAGCUUCGAUUACCACUCAAGCUUUUUGCAGAAGAAAACAAGGGUCUCUGUGCAGAGCGGGAUUUCAAACUUCUCCAUGGUGGUUUCUCAGACGGGCCAGUUGGCUGCCUCAGACAUAUCCCAGCAUCCAGGCAGACUGAUUGUGACCAAUGAUGGACAGGGGACUGACCUGCAGGUGUGGGACCUUGGAGGAGAUGACAGUGACGUGAUCAGAAGAACAGGAACUGUCAAAGGGAGGGAAAGCGCCCAACAGUGUGGAAGCAGGAUUGCAGCUUCACCGUCUUCAUCGCCUCAAGUCCUUCAUGGAGCAGAGAGCGGCAGUGUCCAGCUGACUCAGCUGACUUCAGGACAAUCCCUUUAUAAAUUAGAGACCGACACUUCAGAUCCUCUGAACUCCUUACAGUUCACGAGUGAUGCGGUUUUCCUCGCCGGAUGCUCCAACGGGAGAAUUUACAUGGCUGACACCCGAGUGUCCGCCGCUCCUCAGAUGUCACCUCCGCCUGCAUCUUCAGGUCAGUCCGCCGUCUGGUGGACAGACGCCACUGCAGACCCUCAGCAGGCGAGCUGCAGGGUUGUCAGGCUGUCUUCCUCUGGACACGCCGUGGUUUCAGACCUGAGGAAGCUGGGAGAAGCCGUGUGUCAGGCUCAGCUGGACAUCCACUGCAGCUCGGACAACGUCACGGUGUCCUGGGCUCCGAGGAGGAACUACAUCUCCGCGUCAGGCUUCAGUGGAGUUGUGGACAUCUAUGACACGCGUGACUGGAGGAUAGAGUUGCGGCGAGUUCAACCGCUUUUUCAGCAUCGUGGUCACGAAGUCUCGUGUAAGCAGGCUGACGGCUGCGACCCUGUCUGCAUCACCGCCCACGUCUGGCACCCUGAGCGCCCGCAGACGCUGCUGUCCACCGCUUCAGACGGCUCAGUCCACGUCUGGGACUGGGUGGAACCGGAUUCUAAAAGAGCAGAAUCCAAAUCAGAACCCAGUAUAUUGCAGGACCAGAAAUAAACUGGAGGUUGGACAGCAUGAAUCACCUCAGACACACGGAUGGAGUAUUGAAUGAUAAAUAUUUCAUUUCAACAAGGGAGUGUGACUGGUCCACAGGGACUCGUUAAAACUGCCACAAUUGACCUUCUUGAAAACUCAUGACUCAGCUGUUACCCGUACAGCAUCAGCUGCGGUGUCUAAUAAAUAAAAUAAUUAUGAGUCAGAAAAUAUCAUUUUACUUCAAAUUAUUCCCCAUCCAAAUUAUUUUGAGUGUGUAUGUUUUUUUUUUUACCUCAUAUUUAGUCAAAAAACUUUAGUUUCUUAAUAUGAAACACUUAAAACCCAUCUAUGGAAACACAUUUUUCAGACUUGAGUUAGUAAAAUACUUUUUGCACCUGGAUUUUGUUUUACUGAGCAACUGGAUGUUUUUGUCCUUGGUUUAUACGGCCAAAAAGGACAGCUCAGUGAAGGAUGGAAUUCUUAUUCAACCACUCUGAAUGAAGGGAGGCGAUGAUGGUUAUACUUAAAUUUUUUUUUUUUUUUUUUAAUCAAUCCACCCGAGUCGAAAGCCCUGAAAAAGGGCGGACAGUUGUGCGUCUGUAGAAUGACUAACCUACAUUAGGAAAACUGUCCCUUCAUUGAAACAACAGGAAUAAUUCCAGCUGAGAAAAUAUAGUAACAUCAUGUCAUGACCGUGACCUUAUGUCACCUUCAGUUCACAGCAGUGAAUGGUUUACCACAGAAUAAGAGGACAUGUGUCCAUCCAAGGCACAGUUUGUUCACUAUGUAACAGUGAACUCUGAUAUAUUACAGAUAAAUAGGAUUUAAACUGAACUCGGUAAUGAAGGUGAAGUUUCAGUUCUAAGCAGCCGGAACCGUUCUGCAACUGUUUUUAGAGGAGAAAUAUAAGAUAAGAAUGAGCAAACGGUGCAAACCACUCACUUUUUUAGGGGACCGACAUUUAAAAAAAGAAACAAGAAAAAGGGGUUUUCACAACCAGAUUAAAAGGAAAGAAACUUUUUAAGGAAGAUUUUUUUUAAUAACUCAGACCUUAAUUUUGAUAAACACGUUAAAGUAAAUGAAAAUUGUCUUUUGGUGUUUCUAACAUGUUCUUGUAUCGUUUUCCUCAUGAGGAAGGAUGUAUAUAAAGAAAAUUAAGAAUACAACUGUGUUUGGGAAUUUCAAAUAAAACUGUUGUGAAUCAGGAGCACACAAAAAGAUGCAGUUUGAAAAAGUUUGUAGUUGCGUAAAAGCUACAAUUAGUGGGCCACGAGCUCCGUUCCAUUCUGAUGCAUCCACUUCCAGACAAAUAUACUUUGUCUACAUUAAACCUUAAGCAUUGAAAGCAUUUUUACAAAAAUACAAAUCUAGUAACAACUUUCAGAAAUUUCUGAAAGGAGCUUUGAAAAUUUCUCAGCAACGUUUUUAUCAGAAUAAUUCUGCUUUCAGAUCAGAGGGGGAAUAUUUUUGCAGCUUGAUUUAGAAAAAUAGUUUUAAAAAAGGCAAGACUUGAGCAACAGAGCGGCAUCACACAGCUGAUUGUGUGUGGGUUAGAUUUCCUACAGUUGCUGAUGCUUGUCCAAAAAUGAAGUGGAGGAAGUUCUGCAGAGCAGACAGGAUCAUCUAAACAGUGUCAAACUGUUUUAGUCUUGGAGAAUCAAGCAGUGUACUCCUCGUUGCAUAAUCUGAUGUUAUAGUCUGACGCGUCAUCUGCUUGGAGUGGUUUCUUUUUAUAGCCUUCUGCACACACUGCAGCUCAAAAGUCCUGUUUGGUUUCUCUAUAAAAAGAAAAGUUAUUGUUAAUAAUUUAAAGUAACAAAGAUGUUUAGUAAUGUCUCAUCUUUGAAAGUACUGAAGACGGAAAGAAAUGAUUGUUGUGGAGUCUCCGUUAAUAAACUUUUAAGUUUAUUCCACCA